AUGAACUGGCCCCAUUCCUGCAUCUCCUUUUGCUGGAUUUACCUUGCUGUCUCCAGACUGAGAGCUGUAGAAACAGCAGAUGGAAAAUAUGCUCAGAAAUUGUUUAAUGACCUUUUUGAAGAUUAUUCCAAUGCUCUUCGUCCAGUAGAAGAUACAGAUAAAGUCCUGAAUGUCACCCUGCAGAUUACACUUUCUCAAAUUAAGGACAUGGAUGAAAGAAACCAGAUUCUGACUGCCUACUUAUGGAUCCGCCAAAUCUGGCAUGAUGCGUAUCUCACGUGGGAUCGAGACCAGUAUGAUGGCCUGGAUUCCAUCAGGAUCCCCAGCGACCUGGUGUGGAGGCCAGAUAUUGUCCUAUAUAACAAGGCUGAUGACGAAUCUUCUGAGCCCGUGAACACCAACGUGGUUCUGCGGUAUGAUGGGCUGAUCACCUGGGAUGCACCAGCCAUCACCAAGAGCUCCUGCGUGGUGGACGUCACCUAUUUCCCCUUUGAUAACCAACAGUGCAAUCUGACCUUUGGUUCCUGGACCUACAAUGGCAACCAGGUGGACAUAUUCAAUGCCCUAGACAGUGGAGACCUCUCUGACUUCAUUGAAGAUGUAGAGUGGGAGGUCCAUGGCAUGCCUGCUGUGAAGAAUGUGAUCUCCUAUGGCUGCUGCUCUGAGCCCUACCCAGAUGUGACUUUCACUCUCCUUCUGAAGAGGAGGUCCUCAUUCUAUAUUGUCAACCUCCUCAUACCAUGUGUCCUCAUAUCGUUUCUGGCUCCCUUGAGUUUUUAUCUCCCAGCAGCCUCUGGGGAAAAGGUCUCCCUGGGAGUGACCAUCCUGUUGGCCAUGACUGUAUUUCAGCUCAUGGUGGCAGAGAUCAUGCCAGCCUCAGAAAAUGUCCCUCUGAUAGGCAAAUAUUACAUAGCCACAAUGGCCUUGAUCACAGCCUCCACCGCCCUGACCAUUAUGGUAAUGAAUAUUCACUUCUGUGGGGCUGAGGCCCGGCCAGUGCCACACUGGGCCAGGGUAGUCAUCCUGAAAUACAUGUCCAGGAUCUUGUGUGUCUACGACGUGGGUGAGAGCUGCCUCAGCCCCCGCCACGGCAGGGAGCGAACCCACCUCACAGUGGUUUAUGGCAAACUUCCAGAGCCGACUCUGAACACAGACAGAAACAAAGACCCUCCCAGAAAGAAGGAGAUAAACAAACUCUUAAAGAAUGACUUGGGGUGCCAGGGGGAGAACCCACAGGAUGCUGACAGUUACUGUGCACGGUACAAAGCGCUCACCAGGAAUAUCAAGUACAUUGCCAAGUGCCUCAAAGACCACAAGGCGACCAAUUCCAAGGGGAGUGAGUGGAAGAAAGUUGCAAAAGUCAUAGAUCGUUUCUUCAUGUGGGUUUUUUUCAUUAUGGUGUUCGUGAUGACUGUUUUGAUCAUAGCAAGAGCAGAUUAGUGGGCAUUUGGUAUGUGGAAAUAUAUCACUAAAAUUCCCUGUGAUCUACUCUAAU